UAUUGUUAUCGAUUGUUUGCCAGCUCUAAUAGCAGGUUAUUUAAUAAAUUAAAAGCAUUGGAACAGAUUUGUUAAAUUAUUAAAUAAAAAUGCAAAAUUGCAAACAAAUCGUAAGCACACUGACAACCUUAAGCGGUCGACGUUCGAUUUGUACAACAACACCGCUGGAAGGCAAACGCAACUUCCGUAAAUUCUUGGUCUACAACAAACGAGGCACACGAGUGGUAAAGGAAGCACAACGUAAAAAUCCCUUGGACUGCCCGGUUCCAAUUCACAAGAGAGGUGUUCGUGAUACUGGCAUUUUUGUUAAUGGCAAAUAUGUGGAAAUUCCAGAGAAGAUUCCCGAGUUGAUUGUACCCGAUUUGGAGGGUUGUAAACUGAGACCCUAUGUCUCGUACAAGGCACCUGAAGUCAUACAAUCGGAAUUCACAAGUUUAGAUCUGUUUAAUGCGAUUUAUUCCAAGAAGAUUAUCGAUGAUUUCAAGGAGGGCAAACUCAAAGAAGAUCUGUCGCCCGUUGAACCUUCCGAGCAUGAAAAGUUGGAUCCCGAAGAAGCUUUAAUACGUGCCAGAAAGACUGGUUCUGAUAUUUUCUAAAAAAUAAAUGUUGUUAUAUUUUUAAAGAAA